AUGGAACCCCCUUCAUAUGAGGAGGCACGUCUCCACCCUCCUGCUCUGCACAUAGAAAGAUACAACAUCCCCCCUCCCCCUUCAUAUCAUGUCUCCCUCCACUCUCCUCCAACACCUCCACCCACCUACGGAGAAGCAGUAGUAGUCCAGCAGAAUCCAUUUCCUGUCCUGACUCCACCUCGGCUGCCAACUGCUGUGACAUCACCUUCACGAAACACUGGAGUCAUAAUCCAUCCAACUACACAAAUAGGUGUAUCAUCGUCUGUCGGCGGCAGACAAACGCAGCCAGUCGUGACCCAGCCGCAGCCUGUUCCUGUCGCAUUGACAUAUCUGGGAGACGUCCCAGCCGUGGUACGCUGCCCGCACUGCCACCGUGUUGUCACCACCAAAGUCACAUACCUGCCUGGGACGGCUGCCUGCUGCAUGUGUUUACUUCUCUUCAUGAUGGGGUUUAUUUGCGGUUGCUGUCUGAUCCCGUUCAUGGUACGUAGCCUACAGAACGCACAUCAUUCCUGCCCGCAUUGUGAAAACCAUCUGUACACAAACUCAAGAUGACACUGUCAGGAUUAAUACGACCCCUCUCCUCCAAGGAUCAACCCAAAAUCUCAUAACAUUCAUAAGAUAUUUUUGUCGCAGUAUGGAUGAAUAAAAUGUAUGUUGUACGAUAGGAAUGCAAACAGUUCACUGCAUAAGCUACUCAGUGAAGUCAAAGUGAAUAUAGGUGAUAAAAAAUAUAUAUUAUUUAAGGUUUUAAAGGAAAUAUUGAUCAAAGUGAAGGACAGAUCUGUAAAUUCAGCUGCAGGAGCUUUUUAAAAAGUGUCCUCUGAAAUUAUAUACACUUACUCUAAGAAGUAUGGUCACUGUUGUCACAAUCUUGUAAAUUCAAGGAUACCCUUGCUUGCAUUUAUGGCAGUCAGAAUUGCUGUCUUUAAUAUGUUAUGCCUAAAAACAUUUUAUUUUCACUUUUUAUUACUAACCUUCUUUUCAAAUACCAUCUCUGACUGUUGAGAUGGUCGAGUUUUACAAUUCUGGAAAAUGUAAGAGUUCUUUAAAGAGCGGACAGGCAUUUCUUGGACACUGAAGAAACAAGGCAAAACACUUGUUGCACUAUUGAACUUUUGUAAGAAUGUAUUUUGGGGUUUAUAAUUCAAUGACAAUGUCAAUAUCAGAGUAAGAGAGUUUGUUUUAGUUGUGCACUACUUUACCAAAUGGGUGCAGGAUAUUCUACAACAACAGCUAAACCAAAGUGAACAGAGCAAUUUUUUGGCCUAACCUUUUCCAGCUACGGGAUUUAGUUCAUAGUUUACAUAUACAAAAGCAUUUUCUAUAUUUAAUAUCAAAAGAUCAAACUGUGUUACUUCUAAAUGCAUACAAAGUUACAUUUUAUGUUUACACUGAUAAUCAAAUGGGCAACUUACCAAGCUUGGAUUUCAGACAUGAUUUUAUUUGUUAAAGCCAACAACAACACAUUGACUUGACAUGUUAUCUUUUCUGUCUGAGUGUGCACCGAAUGCACCACUGACCUCUCCUGCACUAUACUAUUUACUUUAUUGCACAUUUUAAGCUGGCUUAUAUAGCACCGUUAUCAUUUUAUUAAGUAGAUGGAAGUGAAAUGACCUGAUACAAUUCCAGUUUGAACUUUGCCCACCUUGAACAUGAGCUUCAUGAACACCUGUGUGGCUGUGAAGCUCCUUUAAGGUACAAACUGCUACAACUCAAAUGAACUGAAAGAAAUUUUAAAACAAAGAGGUGCACAAGACGAUAGCUACGUUAAAUAUUUUAAUUGUAACUGCAAUUUUUUUUUUUUUUACAUCAGUUAAGUUUAAACCGGGUUAUAAUUCGAUUCAUGCAAAGUAAAUAAAGAUGUAUGAUUAAGAAUUUUUAAUGAUUUCAGCUAAAUCAUGAAUUGCUAAGUACAUCACUUACAGGAUGUAAAAACAUGGGCCUAUGAAGUUGUUUCGCUAGUGAUAUAAACUUAACAUACUGUGAUAUAAACCUGCUGUAAAUACCCGGUUAUUACCUGAAAUAUGAUGCUCAGAAUGCCUGCUAAAUAAGUCUUUCUU